GGGUUUAUAAAGCCGCCGAGCUGAGCCCGCGUAGCAGCGGCUGGAGGCUGAGAGGCACCCGUGGAGGAUCUGGCGGCACCGCACGGCACCGCACGCAGCAUGGGCUGGGACCUGAAGGUGAAGAUGCUGGGGGGCCAGGAGUUCGGGGUGGCCCUGAACAACUCCACGCUGCUCUCAGAACUGAAGCAGAAGAUCACCCAGAAGAUCAGCGUGCACGCCUUCCAGCAGCACCUGGUCAUCCACCCCAGCGGCGAGGAGCUGCAGGACAAGGUCCCCCUUGUCAACCAGGGCCUGGGCCCCGGCAGCACAGUCCUGCUCGUGGUGCAGAGCUGUGACCAGCUCCUGAGCAUCCUGGUGACCAAUGACAAGGGCCGCUGCAGAACCUACGAGGUCCGGCUGACGCAGACGGUGGCCAGCCUCAAGCAGCAGGUGUGCCUGCAGGAGAGUGUGCGUGACGACCAGUUCUGGCUGAGCUUUGAGGGGAAGCCCAUGGAAGACAACGUCCUGCUGGGGGAGUACGGCCUCAAACCUCUGUGCACGGUGUACAUGAACUUGCGCCUGCGGGGCGGGGGGCAGAGCAGGGCCUCCCCCCACAGCCUGACUAGGGCCGAGUCCUGGAAAUAAAUGUGGCUGCAAAGA